AUGGGGUGGGAUAAGGGGAUGUGGGGGGGUAUUGGGUGUGAGAAUAUGUGGUGGUGGGGUGGAGAUGUUUUUGGUUUUGUUUUUGGGGAAGGGAGGUUGGGGGGUGGGGUGUGGGUAUGGUGGGGGGAUGUGUGUUUGGGGGGUGGGGGUUGGAAAGAUGAGGUUGGGUUUGUGGGGUGGUGUUUUGUUGGUGGGAUGAGGGUUGAAGGGGUUGUGAGGAAGGGAGGGGGAAUUGGUGUUAAUGAAUUGGAAGUGGAUUUGGGGGGUGGAGAGAUGGUGAAUUAUAUGGGUUGGGUGGAUGGUAUUAUGUGGGUGGUUGAAUGUUGGGGUGUGUGGGGGGGGUGGUUGGGGGAGGGUGGUGGGUGUUGGGGGGGUGGGUGUGGGGUUUGUGGGGGGUUUUUGUGGUUAGGAUUGUUGUAUGUGGGGUGGGGGGGAUUUGGGUUGUGGGAAGUUAUGGUUUUUGAUUUGGGGUGGUUUUGGGGGAGUAUGGGGGGGGUUAGGAUGGAGGAGAGUUUGGGAGGGGAGGGGGAUGGGGGAGGUAUGGGGUGUUUUGGGGGGGGGAUGUGGGUUUGUGGUGGGGGUGUGUGGGUUGGGGGGGGGUUAUUAGUGUGUGUUUGUUGUUGGGGGGUGGUUUUUUGUUGUGUGGGGUUUUUGGGGGUGGUUGGGGUGUUGGGGGUGGGUUUGGGGGGUUGGGUUGGGGGGGGGUGUUUGUUAUUGUGGGUUGUUGGAUUUUUGGGGUUUGGGGUGUGGAUUGUUGUGGGGGGUGUGGUGUUGGGGUGGGGUGGGUUGUGGGGGUUUGGUUUUGUUGGGGUGGUGGUUGGUGGGUAUGGGGUGGGGAUGGUGGUGGGAACGGGGAGGUGUAGGGGGUUGGAGUUGAGGAUGGGUGGUAAGGGUUAUAUAGGUGGGGGGGGGGGUGGUGGGGGUGAUGUGUUGGGGGUGGGUGGGGUGGGGGGGUUAGGGAGGUUGAAAGGUGAGGGGGGUGGGGAUGGUGGGGGGGGUUUGAAGAGGUUGUUGUUUGGUGGGUGGAGUGUAUUGUGUUGGUUGGGGGUUGGGUUUUUGGGGGGGGUGGGGGAGUUAUUGUGUAAUAAAUUAGAGUUUUAUAAUAGGUGGGGGGGGGGGGGGGGGGGGGGGGUGUUUAGGUGGGGUUGGUUGGGGGGGGGGGGGGGGGUUUUGGGGGUUAUGUUGGGGGUUGUUGGGUGGGGGGGGGGGUUUGGGGGGUAUGUUGGGGGUUGGUGGGGGGGGGGGGGGGGGGGGUUUUGGGGGUAUGUUGGGGGUUGGGGUGUAGGGGGGGGGGGGGGGUUUUGGGGGGUAUGUGGGGUUGGGUGGGGUUGGUGGGGGGGUUGA